CCUGCCCGCCGGGUCGCCGCCGGGCCCCCGGGCGAGCGCGCGCGUGGCCGUGUGUGCGCGCCCGCGCCCGCCUCGGACCCGCGCGCCGCGUCCCGCGUCCCCCGCCGCCCGGCCGCCCGCCGCGCAGCGCAGGAACAUGGCGGGGUCGGUGGCCGACAGCGACGCCGCGGUGAAACUGGAUGAUGGGCAUUUAAACAACUCCUUGGGCUCUCCAGUUCAAGCCGAUGUGUACUUCCCACGACUGAUCGUUCCAUUUUGUGGGCACAUUAAAGGUGGCAUGAGACCAGGCAAGAAGGUGUUAGUGAUGGGCAUCGUAGACCUCAACCCAGAGAGUUUUGCAAUCAGUUUGACCUGCGGUGACUCGGAAGAUCCUCCUGCUGAUGUGGCCAUUGAACUCAAAGCUGUGUUCACAGACAGGCAGCUACUCAGAAAUUCUUGUAUAUCUGGGGAAAAGGGUGAAGAGCAGUCAGCAAUCCCUUACUUCCCAUUCAUCCCAGACCAGCCAUUCAGGGUGGAAAUUCUUUGUGAGCACCCACGUUUCAGAGUGUUUGUGGAUGGACACCAACUUUUUGAUUUUUACCAUCGUAUUCAAACAUUAUCUGCAAUUGACACCAUAAAGAUAAAUGGGGACCUCCAGAUCACCAAACUUGGCUGAUGUUUAAACCACCUCUGUUUCAAAUAGAAUCAGGUGCCACAACUACAUGACUAUUGGUCUGGAAGAAGUGUCCUAUCAAGAUGUAGAGACUUAAAAAGAAAACAAAAGGCAACCUUCACUGUCUUCUUUCUGUGCAGUUUAAACCCACAAUGACAACUUCAGCUAUGGUUUGCCCAUAGAGAGAAAGCUGUUGGACAAAGACAUCGAGCCAUUAUUCCCCAAACAAAGUAAUACAUUUAUGCUGGAUUUUAUUCAGACUAAACUAAAAUGGAUUGGUCAUGAUUGGUGAAUUGGUAUCAAAUUAUUCAUCAUUUUAAACCAAGGUGAUGUUUAGAAACGAAAAUGCCAAGGGCAUUUAAAACAACGGUACACCGAAAUCAACGCAUUUCUGCACAGAAGUGGAAUUGUGUAGCACAACCAACAUUUUAGUCAGGGUAUUUACAUAGAAUGUAGGUUAUUCAGAGUUUAAUUUUUUUUCUGUUUUUUUCUUUCUUUCUUUCUUUCUUUCUUUUUUUUUUUUUUUUUUUGCACACCGUAAGGUCAAUUCAGAUUUUUGAAGCUUUCUUGUAGCUAUUUAUUUAUAUUCAACGUUUGUGUUAGAGAAUGAGCACUGUCUCAAGAACAGCAAGUUAUAAACUUUUGAAUGUAUAAAUAUAUUAGGUUGAGGAGAGAAAAUUACAUAUUAUAAUCAUAUGUGGAUUUAUACCUUAAAGAAUCAGGUUGUAUUCUCCAAACCCCUGAACUUUGGAUCUCCUCAUAUAAAUGUUGUAAGUGCUUUUGGGAAAAAUUUGCAAUGUUUCGAUAAAACUGCUUUUUAAGAUACUAUCAAUUAUGUAAAAUUCUAUUUACAUUCUCCUUACUGUGAAUUAGCACAGUAUUGGGUUCUUUAAAACAAAUUAACUACUCCCUAGACUUACAUAAUAGUUCAUUAAGUUGUUAUUAAAUUGAAAACACGUAAGAAGUGACUGCAUAAACAAUUUUUGAGUAGUAUGUAGACUUUAAAAAGUAUAAUAUGAAAAUGAUUCUGGAAUACAGUAUAAAGCACAAGCAAAUGGCCCCACAUAACUUACUUGGAAAUAAUUUAUAUCAACUUAAGCUGUUAGCUCAUUGUGUAAUUUUCAUUAUGUGACCCUCACUGAUAUCCCAAAGCAGUGCCUUUGGAGCUUCAGAGUAGAAGAUGCUUCUUACUGUCUUGGCUUGGAGUACAUAGUAGGACAGAAUGGGAUCCAGAUUAGGAAAGGAUCUAGUUGUUUAUCUGAAAGAUUAAGUCCUGGGACUCUGAAGUCUGAGUCCAGCCAACAGUGUGAAUGCUUCCAAUGAAGUAUAGAACUUUCUAUGCACUUGUGAAGUGAUCACACUGUGGUGUAUCUCCAGCAGGAGGCUACAAACUGUAAAUGUCACUGUAAGGCCAGAGAUGGUUGGAGUCCUGGGAGCUAGACUUCACAAAGUGUGUUGACCCUAAAAAGAAGGACUCUUGGCAUUGCUUUGGCUAGGUAGUGGGGGAAGAAAGGGGUGCUGGGGUGGGGGUAUAUUUAUAUAUAAUUUAGAUUUUGUUUGUACAGCAUACUGCGUCUUGUUAUGACAUGUCCUUGUCCUGCUUUGCUUUUUUACACAUCAUGCAGAGGCACUGAAGUGGUCAGAUCAUUUUCAUGUGUCGAGAAUGUAGACAGUGUUUCAGUACCAAAGUCUUAAAACUAACUAAAAUUGUAAAUUUUUUAUAGGUAAUAUACUUGGAUUCUUCUCAACUUUGGAACUGUUUACCGCAGUUCUAUGGUGUUAUAUACAAAGAUACUUGAUCCAAAAAGACUAGCUGCAUAUUACAAGCUGUUUAUAUCAGCUAAAUGAGCCAUAUUCAGCUCUCAGGGCUGAUCUGUGGCUCCGGGUAUUUUCAAGCCUGUGUUUAACCUUUCACUCCUCACUUACUAGGAGAGACUUAGAGGGUACCUUGAAAUUUAUUUGUAGUGGCUUCAAUUCAGCUGUGAUGGAAGAGGCUGUGGGAGGGCUCUUCUGAUUGCCCAUUGUGCCCACCCCCUGCAUAAUUCAAUGGAAACUUGAGGAGCAGGCUCUAACUGAUUGGAAGUGACACUGUGUUCUCUCAACCUAUCAGCUAACUCAUUAGCAGCCAAGCCCUUAGGCAGCUUAGUGUGAAAAUACAGUAUUAACCCUUCAUUUCCCUGUGAGGUCAGGAGGAACCACCUAGAUAAGCCUACUGGGAUUAAUCUAAAUGGUGUGAUGGCCUAGGUUUAGCUAAAUGAGUAGGGAGCCGUCUAUCCAGCAAUAAACUGGAAUAUGUUCAUACUCUGUCCUUGGCAUGUGAGGUGUAAGGUGGGAAUUUCAGGGUGGAAAGUGCAAUUUAAAGCUUCACAGGAAAACAUUUGUAUAUGUAAGGAGUUAUUUCUGUCCUGAGCCCAAGUUUUGCAAUAACCCAAACCUAGGAAUAACAAUCAGGCUCUGGGGAAAUAAAAGACAGGCUUUAGACAAUCUGUUUCUGCAGCAAAAUUGAAAUGAAUGUGUAUAUCUACUUAAUCAGUUAAUGAAAGUGACUUCUGCUUUCUGGGCUAUCCCAGAAUUGUCUUAAAAGUAUUUUUUUAAAUUUUGAAACCCCAUUUCAAAUCUUACCAACCUCAGUUCAAAACCCGCUAAGAGGUUACUCUUAGAAUUGAUGCUUUGUUAAGUGACAAAUCCAUUUUGUAUUUAAAAGAAAAUAUCCAGAAAGAGGGAGAAAGCCCUAUUGCCUUGAGAAACAGCCAUGGCAUUUUCUGGCAUUAAUGUAAAAAUAAUGUUCCUAUGAUAAAAUAUUUUCAAAGAAACACUUUCUUAUUUACUGCGUGGUGUAAAAUGUUGCUAAAUGUGUUGUUACAUUAUGUCACUGCUGAAAGUUAUUUGCACUAUAAUAAAGGAAUUUUCUACAAAAUAA